AUGGUAGUGCCGAAACUUUACCAGGAACGAGGAGGACAGGACAUCCCGAUCUACAUCUGGUACGAAAGCUACCCGACGCACAGUGGCGAGGGUUACGAGGGCAGAGUGUCGCGGGUCGCGCCCGAUUCACCAUAUGGUGCAGCUAGCCUCAACCUCACCAAUAUUAGGGAGUCUGAUCAGGCAGAGGGCACGCCCACACCUGAGAUCCUAUGGUACAAAGAUGCAAACCCCGUGGAGCCGUCGGGCACCGUGGGCAUCUUCAACGACGGCACUGAGCUACGAAUUAGCAACAUCAGGCACGAAGACAUCGGCGAUUACACGUGUAUCGCGCGCAACGGCGAGGGACAAGUAUCGCACACGGCGCGAGUUAUCAUCGCUGGAGGCGCCGUCAUCACGAUGCCACCAACAAACCAAACAAAGCUAGAGGGGGAGAAGGUGCAAUUUUCAUGUGAAGCAAAAGCGUUGCCCGGCAACGUGACGGUAAAAUGGUUUCGCGAGGGUGCGCCAGUAGCGGAGGUGGCGGCCUUAGAGACUCGCGUCACCAUCAGACGUGACGGAGCGCUCGUCAUCAACCCGGUGGCCGCGGACGACUCCGGUCAAUAUCUAUGCGAAGUCUCCAACGGGAUAGGAGACCCGCAGAGCGCGUCCGCUUACCUCAACGUUGAAUAUCCAGCUAAAGUAACCUUCACGCCAACAGUACAGUACCUGCCAUUUCGAUUAGCAGGUGUAGUGCAAUGUUACAUAAAAGCAAAUCCACCUCUUCAGUACGUAACGUGGACCAAAGACAAGAGGUUGUUGGAGCCUUAUCAAACGAAGGAUAUUGUGAUUAUGAACAAUGGAUCGCUUUUAUUCACACGCGUCAAUCAGAAUCAUCAGGGUCGGUAUACUUGCACGCCAUACAAUGCUCAGGGAACUCAAGGUUCUUCAGGUCCAAUGGAAGUUCUUGUUAGAAAACCACCAGUGUUUACAGUAGAACCAGAGCCUCUGUAUCAGCGAAAGGUGGGAGAGUCGGUAGAAAUGCAUUGUGAAGCGCAAGAGGCGGAAGGUACGCAGCGUCCCAGCGUACAGUGGAGACGACGUGACGGUCUACCGUUGCAGAAGAAUAGAGUGAGAGCAAUGGGGGGCAAUAUCACUAUAGAUACGCUAAGACGACAGGACUUCGGAAUCUACCAAUGCGUCGCGUCCAACGAGGUGAGAUUAUGA